AUGUCGGAAGAGCGGCCGGCGGCCGUGGGAAGCAAAACUGAAAGCCUGCGGCUGCCGCUGCCGCUGCGGGCACGAUUAACAAGCGCCAUUAUGGGCGCGCCUCGGCCGUUCCAGCUGCCGCCCGCGCUCUACAAGAGCUUGCUCAGCAGCGCUCUGCUAGACAAGGCGGCCAGCUGCGUCUCCGUGGGCGUCCCGACAGCCCUCCGUGCGUCUUCCGCCGCCGCCGCCCGCGCCCCUGAGGGCAAGUCCGCCGCGGCCGCCGCUGCCGCUCUGCACGCGCCGCCCGCCUCCGCGCAGGGCCUAGUGCACUGGAUGUCCGUCAUGGCCGAGCACAUCAACACGCCGCACCACGACUCCAUGCACUACAUGUGGAACGGCGUCGAGCAAUGCGGCCCCCACGGGAAGGAGCUGGAUUACGCGUGGUCGCGGCAGUCGGUCGUCGCAAAGCAGGGAUAUGAGGCGAAGAUGAGUACGCUGGAUCAACAUAACCAUUCCAUGCAGAAAGGCGGAGGCGGCGGCGCCGAGGACCAGCAGUUGGGCGGCGCGCUGGCGGCGCGCUCCUCCAGCUCCAGCAGCUGCGCCUCUCCGCCCACGCACGCGCACCCGCACGCGCACGCCGGCGCCGCCCCCGCGCCGCCGGCCGCCAUGCUCGUCGUGCCGCAGCCCAUCAACGCCUCCAAGCAGGCGCCCGCCACCAACGGCGGCCCGCCCCCGCGCAAGUACCAGUGCAAGAUGUGUCCUCAGGUCCGAGGUAGGAAACGAGCUGGUGCCAAAGCGAGGGAUGGCAGCUUAUCCUGGCCAGGCAUUGACCAUACAAACCCGGAGAUAUUUGGUUCAAAGGCUGAUUUGCAGCUUCAUACCCAGAUCCACAUGAGAGAAGCGAAGCCAUACAAAUGUUCUCAGUGCAGUAAAGCAUUUGCAAACAGUUCUUACCUGUCUCAGCACACGAGGAUCCAUCUGGGCAUCAAACCGUAUCGGUGUGAAAUAUGCCAACGGAAAUUUACACAACUUUCUCACCUGCAGCAGCACAUUCGCACGCAUACUGGAGAUAAACCGUACAAGUGUCGUCAUCCUGGCUGCAACAAAGCCUUCUCUCAGCUGAGCAACUUGCAGAGUCAUUCAAGGUGUCACCAGACUGAUAAGCCAUACAAGUGUAACUCGUGUUACAAGUGCUUUUCAGAUGAGCCAUCUUUACUUGAACACAUUCCCAAGCACAAAGAAUCAAAGCAUUUGAAGACACACAUCUGCCAAUACUGUGGAAAAUCGUACACACAAGAAACGUAUCUUACAAAACAUAUGCAAAAGCAUGCAGAAAGGACUGACAAGAGACCGCCUAUAACAGGUAUUGGGCCUGAUGUGAGAAACGCCGGUCUCGGAGGCGGCAAUGGUAGCUCAGUUGCUGACCCACAUCCUUACUGGCCUAAAGUAUCGCCUGACACUGCUAGCUCACUGGUCGAAGCAAUGAACCAGCACGAGGUAUGCAUGCAACACGCCAGCAGUGGAGGUCUCGGGGAACACCACUUGGCCGUGUCACAUCACAGGAGUCUAUUGGAACACGGGAGUCGCCACGUGAAUGGUUCUGGGAGCGAUGGAGGUGGUAAUGGAGGUAGUGGAAACAGUGAGAAUCUAGUGGUCAUCCGGAGUCAGCAGGGUGGAGCUGCUGGUCUACACCAGCAGCAUUCGGUUGCACCACCUGCUCCACCACCAACUCCCACCUCACAAUCGCAACAGCAGCAAGCGACAGUGCCAUCGUCACCUUCCUCUGUCUAUGGUGAUUCUACGGUAAAGACUUCGACUACUCCAUCGUCAGCUUCUGCUUUCACUCCUAUACAGUCAAUGGGUGGCUUGACACAGACCCACCAUCAUCUCAAUCACUUGAAUCACCACCAGCUGGGGAUAGCUUCACCUCCCACUCGGCCACCGUACAUUCCGUAUGACGCUAUACCGUUUCCACCGCCAAAAGUUGUCACGUCGGCAGCAGGCCAACUUUCUGGCAUGGGUGGAGGUGGUGUCGAGAUGCCAAAGACUGGUUCAAACACGUUCCCUAACCAGCUGAUCUCUUUGCACCAAAUUAGAAACUAUGCUCAUCAGCCAUCAGCCUCUUCAUUAGUAACUGGUGAACAUCUGCUCGGUCUGAAAGAGAAGGGACAGUAAUGAUAUCCUCUGAAUGAAGUGUUGUUGUUUUAGUAAAUGUUUUGAGGAUCUGUUGUUGAGACUGCUCAAAUUUUAGCACAAUGGAACUGAAAGAAGUGUAGAAUCUGGACUGUGAGAAGUAUUUUCAGAGGGUGCCUAUGCGUCGAGUAAAUUAAUUUGUAGUUAAGCAAUAAUGUGCUCAAUUUAGUAGAAAGAACUUUGAGGUUAUUAUUGUUUCCUAAAUUUCACCUGUUCUGCUGUGUAACCUGACAGUGUAUUUGUUUCGUUAUUUAAGUAACGAACUGUAAACCAAAGAGCUGUGGUGUGUCAACUGUGUUAGUGUUGUCAGAAGAAGAAAGUUUGUUUGUCAUGAAGAAAACAAAUAAUUUAUCUCUUCCAAUGUAAACAAAACAUUUUAAAACACCAGUUUAAUUUUUCCAGGCUUUAUAUUUAAGUUGGGUAUACAGCAUAAUAGGUUUCAAAAUUUCCUGUAGAAAUGUCAACUGUUACUUUUGAACAUUUAGUUUGAAUAUGUAUACUACAGGAGAAAUGAAAUGAAAACUCUUGUGCAAUUAAUUUAAAUAGAACUUACCAUUUUACGUCUGUCAGCAGUUUUAUUGUGACAGUUGAAUUUCUGGUAAAAAAGUUCUGUUUGUACCAAAUAAAAAAAACGUGGUUUACAACAUUAAACCUAAACAGCUACUUUCAGAAAAAUCAUUCUUUAGAAGAAUUUAUGUGAUUACUCAGAAAAGAUCAUAUGUUGUUCCUGAAGUGAGAAAAAACCAUUUCUGUGCUCAUGGAGUUGUUUACAAAGAAACUUGGUGCUGGCAUUCCAGAAUAUACAAAUGAACUGAUAAUAAUAUGUAAAAAAAUCUUUUCCAUUUAUGAUGUUACAAUUUUGAACAAUAAAAGGCUCAUUUAAAGAGAGCUGCAGAGAAAUACUGAUGUGCCGUCUGUCUGUCUGUCUGUGCACUAUAAACUUAAUGACUGUAUCAUUGUGGAUUAUCAUAUGUUUCCUAUAAAAUGCAUUCUAUAUGUUUUGAA